AUGACGCUUGUAAGGCCAUAUUCGUCAGAUACUGUGAGUAUUCAUGACUUGACUAGCCGAUAUUUGAUUCGGAACAAGUCCAAGAACUUGAAAAUUACUGCAAAUCUCAAGACAAGUUUCGAACAGGCAGGAGUCACCGAUGAUUUGAAGUAUUCCAUCAAUUAUGCUGUACUUGCAAGACAACUACGGGCUUUUGAAAAAUGUCAUACUACUCGAAGCUUUUCAUCGUAUCAGAAUCUUGGAUGGCAUUUGUUGCAUGAUGUUGUGUUUUGCACUACAGGCUGUAAGGAGGCCUCACUUAAAGUGUCUCAAAGUACAUCUCAUAGUAGCAAUUUAGAGUUUGAGAUGACUAGAAGGCAGGAUUCAGACUGCUUGAACUACAUUGAUCAUAUUCGUCUUUCCCACCUUCAAACCAUGACAAUUAUAGGAGUUUUCACUGAAGAAAGGUUCAGAAGACAACCUGUGGUUCUCGAUAUAGACAUCUCUAUGCGAUUGGACAGACAUAAAGUGAUUUCCGGAUUGGACGAAUCAUUGGCCAAUAAAAUCUCCUGUUAUGUCGAAGGUUCAAACUUCAAAACUGUCGAAGCACUAGCUUUGAACGUGGCAAAGUUAGUCCUUCAAGGUUUACCGCAAGAGGAAGUGAAAUGUUCAGUGCACGUGACCAAACCUAACGCACUCGCGGACGCAAAAGGAGUUGGCGUCACCACAUGUAGAUCACGUGAUCAAAUAAGUAAUAUCGACAAUAUCGUUACUUUUGACGAUGAUUCAGUCACGACGGACUAUUUCAGCGUACCUACAAUGAACAAAGAGGCUAUGAUAAAUAGUACGAAACAGCAUAUUUCAUAUCUAGCCUUUGGAACAAAUCAGGGUAACCAGGUGAAUAACAUUAACAGGGCUUUGAAAGCGUUGGAGGAAAAGGACAUUCAUAUUUUGGCUACAUCUUCACUUUAUCGUUCGAAGCCAAUGUAUUUUCUUGAUCAAGCAGAUUUUUUGAACGGUUGUGUGAAAGUUAGCACUACGUUAAGUCCUGACCUGCUACUCAAACGAUUGAAAGAGAUCGAAUAUAACGUUUUAAAGAGGGUCAAGAAAUUUGACAACGGGCCUAGAACCAUUGAUUUGGAUAUUAUUCUAUAUGACAGUAUUAUUCUGAAUAGUCCCAAGUUGAACAUUCCUCAUAUUCGAAUGUUAGAGAGGACUUUUGUAAUGCUACCCCUCUGCGAAUUAGUGCCGCCUAAUUUGUUGCAUCCAGUGACAGCAGAACCUCUACACCAGCAUUUGCAACAACUUGUGAACGGAAGCCAGAAGGCGGAUGAAUCAAAGCAGGAAUCCAAUAACUUAUGGUCAAUAGUCCCUUUACCCCAAUGCGGAAGUUGCGACAAGGUUCGCUAUAUGGAGUAUGACAGCUUAGGUAAUAAAUCACGUACGCAACUUAUGGGGAUUUUAAACGUGACUCCUGACUCGUUCAGUGACGGAUCACAGGCCAACCUGGUUUUAGAGAACUGCAUGAGCAAGGUGGAUGAUAUGGUACUCAGUAAGGUGGAUAUUAUUGACGUUGGUGGAUGUUCGACAAGACCUGGAUCCGUUCAACCGAGUGAAGAAGAGGAACUAGAACGGGUACUACCUGUAGUUAAGGCGAUCAAACAAAAGUACGGAGACAGUAUUAUUGUGUCUAUAGACACGUACCGGGCAAGGAUUGCCGAGGAGACGAUCAAAUUAGGGGCAGAGAUCAUUAACGACAUCAGUGCCGGACUGUUUGACUCACAGAUGUAUUCGGUAAUUGCGAAAUACGGGGUGCCGUAUGUAAUUAACCAUACUAGGGGAACCAUCAAUACGAUGACGCAGUUGACAGAUUAUAGGCUGAAACCGGAAGAAGAUAUAGUCCUUUUCAAUGAGAGACGAACGGAAGGAGAAAUAGUAGUUUCCGAAAUAGGAAAAGAAUUAUCUACUUUGGUGGAGAAGAUGUACCAAAGCGGAAUAAGACGGUGGCAGUUGAUAUUGGACCCGGGAUUAGGAUUUGCGAAGGGACUACGAGCCAACGUGGCUGUGAUCAAGAACCAGCCGUACUUUAAGGAGUACAAGCAACUGAACAGGGUGACAGGAAGUUACAUAGCGUUUGACCACCUGCCGUUGUUGCUAGGACCAUCCAGAAAGAGAUUCAUAGGUACAAUAACGGGUAAAAGUCCUGCCAAAGAGCGCGUGGAAGGUACCGGGGCGUGCGUGGCUGCAGGAAUAGGAUUCGGAGCGGAUAUAGUGAGAGUUCACGAUUACCGGGCAAUGAAGGAUGUUUGCCUGAUGUGUGACGCAAUCUACAAGGAUAUUUACUAG